AUGGCCGAGGAGCAGCACGGGACUUUGAGACAGCGGGUUAUCGAUUUGUUGUUUAGUCGAGUCCAGCUACAACCCCUACAAACACACGUUUGUACACAGAUUGCCAAUGCGCUGGAAAGAGAAGUCAUAUCGCUGCGGGACCGCGGCAAGCGCAACUACUCUUACGCCUGCGGGCUGAUGCAUAUUUUGACGCGGAUCUGCGCCUCGAGAAAAGGCACAGAGGUCUUUUCCGCCCGCAACUACCUGCUGCUCACCCUCUCCGAGUUGCUGCUCUUUUCUCCACAGGUCGUACAGUGUCAAAUCCUGGAGACCAUAGAAAAGCUGUUGGGCGUCUUCUCCCCAUCGCAGACCCAAAUCUCCGACGCACCAACGCAUUGGAAAAUCGACAAACCAAUGUCGGGCGAAAUGGGGCGGCUGGUGCACAAAUUUCUGCUCGACGCCUGCGCCGGCGACUUCUCCGAAAGCUGGGCGCACGCAUUCCGGAAAGAGUGUGCUCAGGCGAUAGUCGGUGUUCUGCGCCUUGGGGCCCAGGAUUUCAGCUCGAUCACAUCAUCGGCAGGCGCCAGCUCAUCCUCCUCCUGGCAAUGCAAUGGCGUGCUCUCAUCCCGCCGCUUCUGGCUGGCCGUUUCGGCGCUGAGCGUCUGCCGCAACCGCGAGUGGAUGGAGCUGGCCGAGGGGUGGGCGGGGAUUCAGACCUCAAAGGGCAACGACCCGGAGCCGUUCUGCGAGAACCACGACGACGGGCGGACGCUGGCCCAGGUACACUGCGAGGUGUGUCGCGGUAAUCUAUGCAGGGACUGCUUCUCCAUCCUUCACCUCAACAAGAAGAACCGCAGUCAUGAGGUGCGGCUGCUCGGAUCGUCGAAUUCCGCUCCACAAGUGGAGAUACACGACGGAUGCUCCAGGCUUAGGCUUCCGAACAUGCUGGUACUCUUCCACGGCCAAACUCUGAACGAAGGCGUCUGCGGCCACACCGAGUGCCAAGAGUUCAACCGGAUCGCCUGCCAGAAAUCGCUGCCCUGUGGCCAUCGUUGUUGCGGAAUCGCCGGCGAAGAAUCCUGUCUGGAAUGUAUGCAGUGUCCACGUGAAGGAACUUCCCAGGAUGGCGAUGACGUGUGCGUCAUUUGCUUCACCGACCGUCUAGGCGCCGCUCCGUGCAUCAAAAUCGAGUGCGGCCACAUCUUCCACUACGCCUGCGUGCGGGCCGUGCUCGAGAAGCGGUGGAACGGGCCCCGCAUCCUCUUCCGCUUCAUGAAUUCGCCCUCAUGCAAUGGGGAGCCGCUCGACUCGUCGCAGUACAACCCGGCCGAGCUGAUCUGCGGCGGCUGUUCGGACGUCACUGGAGCCCAGG